AUGGUGAACGCCGAUCUUUUGAAGAAGCACACCAGCGCAUACAAGCUGACACGUGACACGGCCGCCGAGUUCCAUAAACAGCUCUUCACACUUCACCCGGAAUUGGCUAAAUACUACGACGCUGAAGACAUUGAUCCAGACAGAAUCCCUAAGGCGCAGAAGUUCAUCAUGCUCGGCCAGCAAGAACUACAGUUUCUCUUCCGACUUCCUGCCGUUAUAAAUGAGGAGCGUGACUGGCGCAGUGCACUGGGCCAAAUCAAAGAAGCAUACAGCGAUUUCAACUUCCCAAUUUCAGAAUUCAACAAAGUUCCUGACGCCUUUCUCGCGGCUAUGGAGAAACAUGCCGGUGGUGUAACCCCUGAACAAAAGAAGGAAUGGGAAGCACUGUUUGAUAAAGCCUACAAGGACAUGAAGUCAUGGGGAUGGUAUUGA